GACCCCUGCGGGCGGGCCGCCGCCUCAGAGUCCUGUACGGGCCGCGGCUCUUCCACGUCGGGGUUGGGCGGGCGAGCGGAGCAGGCACCCCGCUAUACCUUUGGGCUGCUGCAGACGCCGCGCAGCACGGCGGACAGCACCGGCGACUUUUCCAGCGGCGGGGUGAGGCCGGGUAGCUCGAGCGGGGAAGGCCUCGCUCCCAGCCGGGCUGCCAAGGGUAGCAGGGUGAAGCCGUCGGUUCCCGGAAGAGGAGAAUCAUAUUUUGGGGACAAAAGUUCUUAUGUAGAAAAUGCUAGUACAUUGAAUCUCACGAGUUCUUCUUCUGUGCGAGGCCUGAAUAGCACGUAUAUAGGAAAAACGCCCCUCUCUUCUGGUAGAUCUGUUUGCAGAAGCCAUACCCCUCUUAUGGGAUAUUCAGUUACAUCCUCAUCUGCAGUCUCUGCUCAUACUGUUGCGUCGGUUAUUGUAGCUGUAGUAGAAGGAAGAGGCCUUGCCAGAGGUGAAGUAGGAAUGGCCAGUAUUGACUUAAAAAAUCCUGAGGUGAUAUUAUCACAGUUUGCAGACAAUACAACUUAUGCCAAGGUUGUUACAAAACUCAAGAUUUUAACACCACUAGAAAUAAUAAUGUCAAAUACUGCUUGUGAUGCAGGGAACACAACAAAAUUGUUCAGUCUAAUAAGAGAACAUUUCAAGAAUGUGACUUUUACAACUGUCCAAAGAAAAUACUUCAAUGAAACAAAGGGGUUGGAAUACAUAGAACAAUUGUGUGCGUCUGAAUUCAGCACCAUUUUCAUGGAGGUUCAAUCAAAGUAUUACUGUCUUGCAGCUGCUGCAGCUUUGCUAAAAUAUGUUGAAUUUAUUCAAAAUUCAGUUUAUGCUCCUAAAUCACUCAAGGUGCGUUUCCAGGGGAGUGAGAAAACAGCUAUGAUAGAUUCAUCAUCAGCGCAAAAUCUUGAACUAGUAAUUAAUAACAGAGAUUCUCGGAAUGGUCACACGCUUUUUGGCAUCCUAAAUUACACUAAAACUCCAGGUGGAAGUAGAAGACUUAGAUCCAAUAUCCUGGAGCCACUAGUUGAUGCCGAAACAAUUAACACGAGACUGGACUGUGUUCAGGAAUUACUCCAGGAUGAGGAGCUCUUUUUUGGUCUUCAAGCAGUUAUCUCAAAAUUCCUGGAUACAGAACAACUACUUUCAGUUUUGGUACAAAUUCCAAAGCAGGAUACAGUUAAAACUGCUGAAUCAAAAAUAACUAAUUUAAUCUACCUGAAGCAUACUCUAGAACUUGUGGAGCCUCUAAAAGCUGCUUUAAGAAGCUGUAACACACCACUGCUAAAGGCUUAUUGCAAUUCCCUUGAAGAUACAAGAUUCCAAAUUAUACUUGAAAAGAUUACAACUGUAAUUAAUGAUGAUACAAGGUACACAAAAGGAUGUCUGAGUAUGAGGACCCAGAAAUGUUAUGCUGUUAAGCCUAACAUCAAUGAAUUCCUUGACAUAGCUCGUAGAACAUACACAGAAAUUGUUGAUGACAUAGCAGGUAUGAUAACACAACUUGCAGAAAAGUACAACCUACCAUUGAAAACAAGUUUCAGCUCUACUCGUGGAUUUUUUAUCCAGAUGAAUGUUGAUUGUUCAACAUUACCCAAUGGCCAACUUCCUUCAGAAUUUACAAAGAUCACUAAAAUGAAAAACACAUAUAGCUUCACUUCAGCAGAUUUAAUAAAAAUGAAUGAAAGAUGUCAGGAGUCCUUGAGAGAAAUAUAUCACAUGACCUACUUAAUAGUGUGUAAACUACUGAGUGAGAUCUAUGAACACAUUCAUUGCCUAUACAAGCUGUCUGACAUUGUCUCAAUGCUGGAUAUGCUGCUUUCAUUUGCCCAUGCCUGCACUCUUUCUGAUUAUGUUCGUCCAGAAUUUACGGAUACUUUAGCGAUCAAGCAGGGUUGGCAUCCCAUUCUUGAAAAGAUAGCUAUGGAAAAACCUGUAUCUAACAACACAUACCUGACAGAGGGUAACAAUUUUGUCAUUAUUACAGGACCAAAUAUGAGUGGAAAAUCAACAUACCUAAAACAGAUUGCUCUCUGUCAAAUUAUGGCACAGAUUGGUUCCUACGUCCCAGCAGAGUAUUGUUCUUUUCGAAUUGCAAAGCAAAUUUUUACCAGAGUAGGUAUGGAUGAUGAUAUAGAAACAAAUGCAUCAACAUUCAUGAAGGAAAUGAAAGAGAUAACAUACAUCAUACAAAAUGCUAAUGAAAAAUCACUCAUCAUAAUUGAUGAACUCGGCAGAGGUACCAGUGCUGAAGAAGGUAUUGGCAUUUGUUAUGCUGCCUGUGAAUAUCUGUUGAAUUUAAAGGCGUUUACAUUGUUUGCUACACAUUUCCUGGAACUGUGUCAUAUAGAUGCUUUGUAUCCCAAUGUGGAAAAUUACCAUUUUGAAGUGCAACAUAUGAGAAGCAGUGCUGGAAAUAAGGAGAAAAUUGCUUACACUUACACACUCUCUAAAGGAUAUACAGAGGAAAAGAACUACGGAUUAAAAGCUGCAGAAGUUUCUUCCCUACCAUUAUCGGUAAUUUUGGAUGCAAAGGAAAUCACAAAUCAUAUUGCAAAACAAAUUUUGCACAGGCAGCAAAGCACUCCUGAGAUGAUGAAACAGAGAGCUGUAUACCAUUUAGCAAUGAGAUUGGUUCAGACUGCCAGAAAUUCUCGACUGGAUCCAGACAGUUUGCGUAUAUAUUUGAAAGGCUUGAAGAAAAAGUACGAAGCCAGUUGUCCUGUACCCAGACAAAAUGAUGAGCAACAGUAAUGUGUAACAUAGGCUGUUACUCUAAUUUUUAUGACUGCAAGAUGAUUUUGGGUUUUUUCCAUA